GCAUAAACCUAUAGAGUGUAACGAACUAAUCAAACAUCAUCUAUUAACUAAUAGUCUUAUCUUUCUCAUGCAUAAACCUAUAGAUUGUAACGAACUAAUCAGGUCAAACGAAGUGUCGUACGGAGAUAAACAUCAAAAGACACAAGAUUGCCAAGCUCAAGCUAAGCCUCAGGUAUUGCAGUUCUUGGCCCAAGGAUAUUAUAUAAGGAAUAUGAAGAUCAUGAAGAUCAGACAAACACUGGAGCACCAACUAUUCGUAUAGAGAAGUAAUCCCAAAGGUUCGAUAUAAAGAAAGCAGACGAAAUACACGGUGCAAAGGCUAUAUGGCAACUAACGGUGCCGUAGUUGACCAUGUUCUGGUGGAAGAGAAUUUGCAUGCUAGAACAGUAAUCCUAAAUAGGGCUCACAGGUUGAAUGCCCUGUCAUAUCAAAUGGUAUCUCGGCUACACGAAGUUUACACAGCGUGUGAGAAGGAUCCUGAAGUCAAGCUGGUGAUUUUGAGGGGAAAAGAAAAAGCUUUUUGUGUUGGUGGGGAUAUUUCAGAAUAUUUCUACGGAAUCACAGAGGGAGGCAAUUGGAGAAUAGGUGUAAAGAUUUUGGAGAACGUGAUCACCUUAGUGUACAAAGUUGCGACAUUGGGGAAACCCCAGGUUUCGAUCCUUAAUGGGAUGGUGAUGGGAGCUGGAUGCGGGAUUUCCAUUCACGGAAGAUUUCGCGUUGUGACCGAGAAAACGGUUUUUGCUAUGCCAGAGGCUUCCAUCGGAGUAAUCCCAGAUGUAGGGGCUUCUUUUUUUCUGUCUAGACUACCUGGCUUCUUUGGAGAAUACAUUGGUCUUACUGGUGCAAGGUUGGAUGGCCCUGAAAUGCUUGCAUGUGGCCUUGCAACUCAUUUUGUCCCUUCAAUAAAAUUGAGUUUGCUAGAUGAAGCACUAAAUAAGGUGAACACAAGUGAUCCACUUGUUAUCUCGGCAGUUAUUGACGAGUUUUCAGAGCAACCUCCUUUGAAGGAGAGGAGUGCUUAUCAUAGACUAGACAUCAUUGACAAAUGCUUUUCACGGAAGACAAUCGAAAAUGUUAUCUCAGCACUCGAGACCGAGUCUGUGAAAGAAGGGGAUGCUUGGAUUUCUGAGGCUGUUCACUUAAUGAAAAAAGCAUCACCAAUUACUCUUAAAAUUUUUCUGAAAUCGAUUCGAAGAGGAAGACUACAGGGUCUGGAUCAGUGCCUCGCCCAAGAAUAUAGAAUUUCAUGCCAUGGUUUCCAUGUUGCCCAAGAUAUCCUUGAGGGUUACCGAGCUAACUUUUUGCGUAAAGACCGAACUCCAAAGUGGGAGCCUUCUAGGUUAGAGCUUGUUACUGAUGAGAUGGUGGACCUGUACUUCUCGAAGGUGGAUAAUGAUGUGUGGGAAGACCUAGUCCUACCAGUAAGGUGGAACUCGUCCAUCUUUACUGUGGCGAAGCUCUAAGAUGUCCUGGUAUUAAAUGAUAGCAUUGGCUGCAGUUCUGUGCAGAGCUUUGAAGACCUUUAAGUUGUGUUUGUUGUGAUUAAAAGAUCUUUUAAAAUAAGUUCUUGUUAUAAUUGUAACAUAAUUAGCUUUUUCGCAUGCCUAUAUAUAUAUAUAUUAUGUUGUAUAUGUUUCAGUGGGAGCCUUCUAGGUUACAGCUUGUUACUGAUGAAAUGGUGGACCUUUACUUCUCGAAGGUGGAUGAUGAUGAGUGGGAAGAUCUAGUCCUACCAGUAAGGUCGAAUUCGUCGAACUUUACUGUCGCAAAGCUCUAAGGAUGUCCGGUAUUAAACGAUAGUAAUGGCUGGAGCUCUGUGCAGAGCUUUGAAGAUCUUAAGGCUUUAAGUUAUGUUUGUUGUCAAUAAAUGUAUUAAUAGACCGUUGUAAUGAA